CGCCCCUUCUACCCCGGCCCUCCCCCACCGUCAUUGCUCGCAGGUGCCUCACACGCAUAUUUUGCCCACCCUUAACCCCCCACCCCCACUCCACAUUGCCAGUGGAUACCUGGUGCCCAUACCUUGUUGCAGGAAUCCCGUAAGGUAGUCCUUCCGGCGCAGAUCUGUCACUUGCGCCGGUCUUUGCACGUGCCCCACUCGCUCAGGUUUGAAUGAUGCAUUUACUGGCAACAGGAGAAUGCUCCCUUCACCGUUGGCCAGUAGACAGCAGAUAAGAGGAUGCUCAGAGCCCAGCUCUCGAGAGUUCAAGCCUCCAAAAAUACCUCACUGCUCCCAGGAGCAGUUACCUGGGCACUCUGUGCCCUUUAUUCCUGUCCAGGUCCCGUCCUGGGGCUGAGGACCCACCAAUAGGACUCAGUUGCCUUGAGUCUGCUGCCCGCAUCCCUCAGUUCACUUUGCUUGUGGGAUCUCUCCAUUGCUCCUGCCCCUGGACAGAGUGGCAAGCCAUCUUACAAGUACCCAGACACUUGGAAUCAGCCUGGUGUCGAAACAACUCCAAGGAUUUCUGUAUCCUACAAGCCCUGUGAUCCAUCCCGCGAUCCUGCCUUCAAUUUGAGGCACAGGUACCGCAGCAAGCCAGUGCUGUGUGCUCGCUAUAGCAGUUUUGUCCUGCAGGUCACCAAUUACACUGAGCCUAAGGACUCUCAGAGAGGCCCUGGAGAAGGUAAUCGCCUUUUUGUGGCCCAGAACACCCAGCUCUACCCCACACUCCCAUCCAGAGAUCAUGUUGAGGGCCCUCAUGGAGAGUGGGGCAGGGAUGCCUGAGCAGGGCAAGGACCCCAGAGUCCAAGAGAAGCCCGAUGAUCAGAAAGGGGGCCCUGAGGGCACCAGGGAUGCACGGUCUGCAUUUAGACCCCUGCAGGACAGUGGAGGCCUCUCUCCCUUCGUACCCAGGCCCGGGCCCCUGCAGAGAGACCUCCAUACCCAGAGGUCAGAAAUGCCAUCUGACAAGAAAUCCCAGCACUCUGCGAUGAGCUGCUGCCGCAACUCCAUCUCCAGCUCCUACAGCUCCACGGGAGGCUUCCUGUGGCUAAAGAGGGGAAAGGGGCCAGCCUCAUCCCACUGCCAGCUGCCCCUCACUUCUUCAAAGACAGUGAGUGAGGUCAGCCCUCAGGCUGUCUCUCAGGGUCAGGCCCAGUGUGAAAAGGCAGCAGAUUCAGCACCUGGGGAGAAACCGGCCCCAGGAGUGGCUCCCCGACAUCUCAGGCCUCUAGGCCUGGUAGACGAAAGUUCCCUCUGCUACCACACAGGCAAGAGAAGCCUCUGAUGCUGCCACCUUCCUUACAGCUGGGGUUCCGGGUCACUGCUGAAGACCUGGACCUGGAGAAACAGGCCGAAAUAAUGUGCAUUAACAGCGCACUGCAGGGUGAGGACAAGUCCAUCUGGGAGUGCAGAGCCUCACUGCUUUCCCAUGCUUUGUCCUCACCGGCAAUAGGGACGUCUUCUCUGCCUGCUGUCCCUAAAGCACCCAGCACGGAUGCAGAGCAGGAGAGAUGCAAGUCCCAAGAUGGCCUGGACCCCAUGGCCCUCCAAGCAUCUGCUGCAGGGUCCCCCUCUAGACCUCGUGGGUCUGGGAGGAAGCGCAGGUCAGCAGGCCACCUGUUCUCCUCCUCAGACACCCUUCCUGCCACCUCUGCACACUCGUGGGACUCAGCCUAGGCCUCAUCUUCUGCUCCAAUGCAGCCAGCCCAGGGCACCACAGCACACUCAGCUGCAGGGGCUCCCUUACCCACCACUUCCACCUCGAGGCCCUGCACCAAAAGAAAGUCAACCCGGGCUUCAAGCCUGGCUGGGAGCCUUUUUGACCCAUCUUCUGCCUCUCCCACCACCACCCUGGCCAGACAGAGGGUCAGUGGUCCCACCUCACUACUGAAACUUCCCGUUACUGCUGCAGCCACCACCCAGCCAAAACCUGUGGUCCUUCAUGGACCGCAGCAGGGAACCCGUGGCUUGAAGCGGCCUCAUCCAUCUUCCCAUCCAGGUGCUUCAGCUGCAGCCCAGGCCUCAUCUUCUGCUCCAACACAGCCAGCCCAGGGCACCACAGCACACUCAGCUGCAGGGGUUUUCUUACCCACCACUUCCCCCUGGAGCCUGGCCGCGACCCUUUCUAAGCCAUCUUCUGCCUCUCACACCACCACCCUGGCCAGACAGAGGGUCAGUGGUUCCACCUCAGUACUGAAACUUCCCAUGACUGCUGCAGCCACCACCCAGCACAAACCUGUGGUCAUUCAUGGACAGCAUCAGGGAACCCGUGGCUUGAAGCGGGCUUGUCCGUCUUCAGAUCUAGCUGCAUCAGCCUUGAGCACCCCCACCAAAAGAAAGUCGACCUGGGCUGCAGGUCUGGCUGGGACCCUUUCUAACCCAUCUUCUGACUCUCUCAUCACCGCCCUAGCCAGACUGACGAUCAGUGGUCGCACCUCAGCCAUCACUCAGCCCAAAACUGUGGUCCUUCAUGGACAGCAGCAGGGAACCCGCACCUUGAAGCAGGUUCAUCCAUAUUCCCGUCCAACUGCUUCCGCUGCAGCCCAGGUCUCAUCUUCUGCUCCAGCCCAGGGCACCACAGCACACUCAGCUGCAGGGGUUUCCUUACCCACAACUUCCACCUGGAGCCUGGCUGAGACCCUUUCUAACCCAUCUUCUGCCUCUCACACCACCACCCUGGCCAGACAGAGGGUCAGUGGUCCCACCUCACUACUAAAACUUCCCGUGACCGCUGCAGCCACCACCCAGCACAAACCUGUGGUCAUUCAUGGACAGCAGCAGGGAACCCGUGGCUUGAAGCGGGCUCGUCCAUCUUCAGAUCCAGCUGCUUCAGCCCUGAGCCCCCCCACCAAAAGAAAGUUGACCCGGGCUGCAGGCCUGGCUGGGACCCUUUCUAAUCCAUCUUCUGACUCUCUCAUCACUGCCCUGGCCAGACUGACAAUCAGUGGUCACACCUCACUACGGAAACUUGCCAUUAUGGCUGCAGCCAUCACCCAGCCCAAACCUGUGGUCCUUCAUGGGCAGCAGCAGGGAACCCGCGCCUUGAGGCGGGUUCAUCCAUAUUCCCGUCCAGCUGCUUCAGCUCCAGCCCAGGCCUCAUCUUCUGCUCCAAGACAGCCAGCCCAGGGCACCACAGCACACUUAGCGGCAGGGGUUUUCUUACCCACGACUUCCACCUCAAGCCAGGCUGGGACCCUUUCUAACCUUUCUUUCUCUCGCCGUGAUGCACAUGCUGCCUUGUCAGACUGUACACCUGCUAAAGUUAGGCGGCUCCGCUAAACAAGGUCCAGAAGAGUGUUCUCUAGGUUUCCUUCUAAUAUUUUUCUAGUUUCGUAUCUUGCGUUCAAGUCUCAGAUCUAUCUGGAGGUGAUGUUUGUAUACGGUGAGAGAAAAAGGGUCCAGUUUCCUUCUUCUGCAUGUGGCUAUCCAGCCCUCCCAGUACCAUUCACUGAAGACGGUGUCCUUUCCCCAGUGUGUGUUUCCGUCAGCUGUGUCGAAGAUCAAUUGGCUGUGAAUAUGUGGCUGUCUUUCUGGGCUCUGUCAUGUGUCCCAUUGAGCUAUGUGUCUAUUUUCCUGCUAGCACCAUGCUGUUUUAGUUACCAUGCACUUGUCAAGAAUUUUGUCGUUCUAAUUUGUAGUGAAAUGGGAUGUCUCUAGUUUUUUUCUAUUUGCUGAGGAAGACUUUGACUCUUUGAGCUCUUUUUUGGUUCCAUAUGAAUUGUAGGAUUUUCCAAUUCUGUGAGUGAUGACACUGGUAUUUUGGCAGGGGUUGCAUUGAAUCUCUAGGCUGCGUUGGGCAGUACGGUCAUUUUAAUGCUAUGAGUUUCUUUCAUCCAUUAGCAUGGGAUGAUUGUCCAUUUCUUUCUGUCUUAUUAAAAUUUUUCAUUGGUGUUUUGUAGUUUUUCUUGUAGAAAUCUUCAAACUCCUUGUGAAAUUUAUUCUGUGGCAUAUCUUUUUUCAUUUUGUUGCUACUGUAAAUGGGAUUGCCUUCUUAAUUUCCUUCCCAACUAGACCAUUGUUGGUGUAUAGAAAUGCUGCUGAUUUUGGUACAUUGAUUCUGUAUCCUGCAAUAACUGUAUUUAUUUAUUGAUCAACUCUAGAGGUUUUCUGGUGGAACCUUUACAUGUUUCUAAAUCCAAGAUCAUAUCUUCAUCAGAUAAGGAUAAUUUGAGGUCCUCUUUUCCAAUGUGGAUGCCUUUUAUUUUUUCCUCUUGCCUGAUUGUGUGAUGUUGAAUAGCAGUGGUGAGAAUGGGCAUCCUUGUGUUGUUCCUGUUUACAGAGGAAUUGCUUUCAACGUUUCCUCAUUAUGUAGUAGGUUAGGCAUGGCUUUGUCAUAAACAGCUUUCCUUAUUUUCAGGUAUGUUGAUUGUUUUUUCCUUUUUUAGAUGAUUUCACCCAGGCUGCAGUGCAAUGGUGGGAUCUCAGCUCACUGCAACCUCCGUCUCCCAGGUUCCAGCAAUUCUCCUGCCUCAGAGUCCCGAGUAGCUGGGAUUACAGGUGCCCACCACCAUGCCUGGCUAAUUUUUGUACUUUUAGUAGAGAUGGGGUUUCACCAUGUUGGCCAGGCUGCUCUUGAAUUCCUGACAUCAGGUGAUCCAUUCACCUCAGCCUCUCAAAGUUCUGGGAUUACAGGCAUGAGCCACGUGCCCGGCCAUUUUCAGGUAUGUUUCUUUUAUGCCUAGCAUGUUUGUUCCUUUUUCAGGACAUGGACUCACUCUGUCUUUCAUGUUGGAGUGCAGCGGCAACAUCAGAGCUACAGCUUUGAACUCCUGAGCUCCAGCCACCUCAGCCUCCUGAGUAGCUGGGACUCUGGGUGCAUGUCACCAGAGCUGGGUAAUUUUUAUUUUUAUAUUGUGGUAGAGAUCUAUGUUCCUCAGGUUGGUCUUGAACUGCUGAUGGUCAAGUGAUCCUCCCAGCUCAGCUUCCCAAAAGCACUGAGUUUAUAGCAUGAGGCAGCGCCUGGCCCAGAGUCACAUGUUAACAUCAUCUCCUCACUGCAGGGCUCCGAUUUUGGCAGUUACUGAAAACCCUAAGGGAGAGUUUAUGGUCAGGCCCUGCCCAGUCUGUGAACAGCGAGGAAAUGGAAAGAUGACACGUGGAUGGUUCUUUUGGAGAACUGGCCAGACAAGUGCUGAGAUGCUGUUUCCUGGAAUACAGGACCAUGAGAUGUCCAGUCCAGCUGCCUGGUCCAGGGCCCCUGGCACCAUCUAGUUUGGGAGCUCACCCAGAAGCGACCUCAGUUGCCCAAAGCAGCUGAUCUUCCUACCAAUCUGGUCCCAUUUGAAAGAUGUAACUGGCCCCUGUCCUCCAGGAAACCAUUCCUGUGUGUGCCUGUCUUUGUCCUCGCCUUGGCUGGCCUCUCUGUACCAUGAGAACUUGGAUUUGCAAGGCUCUGCCUGUCAGCUGAACAUCACAGAGCAGCUCUCUUCUGUUCCAGUGAGGAUGCCCUGGUUUCUACACCCCAGCCCAGAUCUGACCAUUCUCCCCUUCACCCACAGGUGACUUCCAACCCGAUCCUGCUCACUGUCUUCUGGCAGCUGCUCUGAAAAAGGGCAUUUUGGCUUCAAGGGCUAAGCAUGUCACUCCCUGUUUUCUGUUGAUCUUUCCAGCGCUGUUUGGGGCAGCCCAUGCAUUUGUCCAUGUACUGCUUCCUUGGAAGGCAAUCGGGUUUCUUUCAGGGGUGGGUAUAAAAGUUCUUGUGAGAUUUGUGUAUGAAGUCUGUCUUCACUACCUGGAUAAGACUAGCACACUUCCUCUGUAGUAAGACUGCAGUCUUACUACAUUUUUUUUUUAAAAAAUUAUUUUAUUUAUUUUUUUCUUUUUGAGAUGGAGUCUGCUCUGUUGCCCAGGCUGAAGUGCAGUGGGGUGAUCUUGGCUUACUGCAACCUCCGCCUCCUGGGUUCAAGUAAUUCUCCUGUCUCAGCUUCCUGAGCAGCUGAGACUACAGGUGCAUGCCACAACACCCAGCUAGUAUUUAUAUUUUUGGUAGAGACAGGGUUUCCUCAUAUUGGUCAAGCUGAUCUCGAACUCCUGACUUCAGGUGAACUACCUACUGGAGCCUCCCAAAGUGAUAGAAUUAAAGGCUUACAUUUAUUUAUUUCUUAUUUAUUUGAGCUGGAGUGUUGAGCAGUCAUUCUGGCUAGAGUGCAGUGGCCCGAACUUGGCUCACUGCACCUCUGCCUCCUGGGUUCAAGCAAUUCUCCUGCCUCAGUGUCAACAGUACCUGGGCAUAAAGGCAAGUGCCACCUCAUCCUGCUAAUUUUUGUAUUUUCUGCUCCCUGCCUCACCAGGUCCACAAGCACAGAGGAGUGCAAGGCAAGGUAACUCCAGGCAAGGCAAGGCAAUGUAAUUAAAGGCAAGACAAGGCAAGGCUAUUCCACGCAAGGCAAUUCCAGGUAAUGCAAGUCAAGGCAAGGCAAAAAAAUUCCAGGCAAGGCAAGGAAAGGCAACUCAAGGCAAUUCCAUGCAAGGAAAGACAAGGCACAGCAAGGCAAGGCAAUUCUAGGGAAGAAAAUACCAGUCAAGCAAGACAAGACAAGGUAAUUCCAGGCAAGGCAAUUCCAGGCAGGGUAAUUCUGGUAAAGGCAAGGCAAGGAAGGUCAGGUCAGGUCAGGUCAGGUCAGGUUAGGUCAAGUCAAGGCAAGGCAAGGCAGGUCAGGUCAGGUCAAGGCAGGUCAGGUCAGGUCAAGUCAAGGCAAGGCAAGGCAGGUCAGGUCAGGUCAAGUCAAGUCAAGUCAAGGCAGGCCAGGUCAGGUCAGGUCAAGUUAAGGCAGGCCAGGCCAGGUCAAGUCAAGUCAAGUCAAGGCAGGUCAGGUCAGGUCAGGUCAGGUCAGGUCAAGUCAAGUCAAGGCAAGGCAAGGCAAGGCAGGUCAGAUCAGGUCAGGUCAGGUCAGGUCAGGUCAAGUCAAGUCAAGUCAAGGCAGGCCAGGUCAGGUCAAGUCAAGUUAAGGCAGGCCAAGGCAGGCCAGGCCAAGACAGGCCAAGGCAGGCCAGGCCAAGGCAGGUCAGGCCAAGACAGGCCAAGCCAGGCCAGGCCAAGGCUGGCCAAGACAGGCUAAGGCAGGCCAAGGCAGGCCAGGCCAAGGCAGGCCAAGACAGGCCAAGGCAGGCCAGGUCAGGCCAGGCCAAGCCAAGCCAGACCAGACCAAGCCAAGCCAUAAAAUUUCAGGCAAGGCAAGUCAAUGCAAGGCAAUUCCAGGCAAGUAAAAGCUAGGUAAGGCAAUUGCAAGCAAGGCAAAUCCAGGAGCAGGCAAGGAAAGGCAAGGCAAGGCAAUUCUAGGCACAGCAAUUCCAGGCAAGGCAAGGCAAUUCCAGUCAGGACAAUUCCAGGCUAGGCAAGGCAUGGCAAUUCCAGGCAAGGCAGGCCAAUUCCAGGCAAGGCAAAGCAAGGUAAUUCCAGGGACGGCAAUUUGAGGCAAGGAAAGGCAGGGAAAUUCCAAGCAAGGCAAUUCAAGGCAAGGCGAGGCGAGGCAGGGCAAAAAAGGGCAAUUCCAGCCAAGGCGUUUUCAAGCAAGGCAAGGCAAGGCAAUUCCAGGCAAGACAAGGCAAGGCAAUUCCAGACAAGGCAAUUCCAGGAAUGGAAAGGAAAAACAGUUCCAGGCAAGGCAAUGCAAUUCUAGGCCAGGCAAUUCCAGGCAAGGCAAGGCAAUGCAAGGAAAGGCAAUUCCAGGCAAUGCAAGGAAAGGUGUUUUCAGGCAAGGCAAUUGCCCAAAAGGAAAUUCCAGGCCAGGCAAGGCAAGACAAGUCAGGGAAAGGCAAUUCCAGGCAAGGCAAUUCUAGCUAAAACAAGGCAAGGCAAUUCCAGUCAAGGCAAGGCAAGGCAAGGCAAUGCAAGGCAAGGAAAUUCUAGACAAGGCAAUUCCAGGCGAGGAAAGACAAAGCAAGGCAAUAUGAAACAAGGCAAUUCCAGUCAAGGCAAGGCAAGACAAGGCAAUUCUAGGCAAGACUAUUCCAGGGAAGGCAAGGCAGGGCAAUUCCAGGCAAAAAGAAGCAAGGUAAUGCAAUGUAAUUCCAGGCAAGGCAAUUUCAGGUAAGGCAAGGCAAGGCAAUUCCUGGCAUGUCAAUUCCAGGCAAGGCAAUGCAAGUCAAAGCAAUUCCAGGCAAGGCAACAGAAGGCAAGGCAAGGCAAUGCAAUUCCAGGCUAGGCAAUUGCAGGAAAGGCAAUUCCAGGCUAGGCAAGACAAGACAAGGCAGGGAAAGGCAAUUCUAGGCAAGACAAUUCCAGGUAAGGCAAGGGAAGGCAAUUCCAGGGAAGGCAACUCCAGGCAAGGCAAGGCAAGGCAAUAUCAGGCAAGACAAUUUCAGGCAAGGCAAGGCAACACAGGGUAAGGCAAUUCCAGGCAAGGGAAGGCAAGGCUAUUCCAGGCAAGGCAAUUCCAGGCAAUGCAAGGCAAGGCAAAGCAAACAAAUUCCAGCAAGGAAAUUCCAGGCAAGGCAAGGUAAGGCAAGGGAAUGCAAUUCUAGGCCAGGCAAGUCCAGACAAGGCAAUUCCAGGCAAGGCAAGGCGAAGCUAUUCCAGGCAAGGCAAUUCCAGGCAAUGCAAGGCAAGGAAAGGCAAAAAAUUCCAGGCAAGAAAAUUAAAGGCAAGGUAAGUCAAGGCAAGACCAAUCCAGGCAAGGCAAUUUCGGGUAAGGCAAGGCAAUUCCAGGGAAGGCAAAUAUAGACAAGACAAGGCAAUUCCAGGCAAGUCAAUUCCAGGCAAGGCAAUUCUAGGCAACACAAGGCAAGGUAAGGCAAGAGAAGGCAACGCCAGGCAAGGCAAGGCAAGGCAAGGCAAUGCAAUGCAAUCCCAGGCAAGACAAUUGCAGGAAAGGCAAUUUCAGGCAAGGCAAGGCAAGACAAGGCAGGGAAAGGAAAUUCGAGGCAAAGCAAUUGCAGGUAAGGUAAGGCAAGGUAAUUCCAGGGAAGGUAACUCCAGGCAAGGCAAGACAAGGCAAUUCCAGGCAAGGAAAUUCCAAGCAAGGCAAGGCAAGGCUAUUCCAGGCAAGGCAACUCCAGGCAAUGCAAGGCAAGGAAAGGCAAAAAAUUCCAGGCAAGGAAAUUAAAGGCAAGGCAAGACCAGGCAAGGCAAGGCAAGUCCAAUCCAAGAAAGGCAAUUUCAGGCAAGGCAAGACAAUUCCAUGGAAGGCAAUUCAAGGCAAGACAAGGCAAGGCAACACAAUUCCAGGCAAGACAAAAAAAGGCAAUUUCAGGCUAGGCAAUUCCAGGCAAGGCAAGGCAAGGAAAUUUCAAGCAAGGCAAGACAAGGCAAUCUAAGGCAAGGCAAUUCUGAGAAAGGCAAUUCUAGGCAAGGCAAGGCAAGGCAAGGCAAUUUCAAGCAAGGCAAGACAAGGCAAUCUAAGGCAAGGCAAUUCUGAGAAAGGCAAUUCCAGGCAAGGCAAGGCAAGAAAAGGCAAGGAAAGGCAAUUACAGGAAAGGCAAGACAAGGCAAGGCAAGGGAAGGCAAGGCAAGGCAAUUACAGGAAAGGCAAGACAAGGCAAGGCAAGGCAAGGCAAGGCAAGAAAAUUUCUGGCAAGGCAAGUCAAUGCAAAGCAAUUCCAGGCAAGUAAAUUUCAGGCAAAGCUAGGCAAGGCAAUUGCAAGCAAGGGAAAUCCAGGCACAGCAGGCAAGGCAAGGCAAGGCAAUUCUAGGCACGGCAAUUCCAGGCUAGGCAAAGCAAGGCAAUGCAAGAAAAUUCCCUGCAAGGCAAGAAAAUUUCAAGUAAGGCAAUUUCAGGCAAGGCAAGGCAUGGCAAUUCCAGGCAAGGCAAAACAAGGCAAGGCAGGCCAAUUCCAGGCAAGGUAAUUUGAGGUAAGAAAAGGCAAGGCAAAGCAGGGUAAUUCCAGGCAAGGCAAUUCAAGGCAAGGCAACGCAGGGACAUUCCAAGCAAGGCAAUUCUAGGCAAGGCAAGGCAAGGCAAUUCUAGGAAAGGCAAAGAAAAACAAUUUCAGGCAAGGCAAUUCCUGGAAAGGCAAGACAAUGCAAGGAAAGGCAAUUCCAGGCAAUGCAAGGCAAGGCAAUUCCAGGCAAGACAAUUGCUAGAAAGGCAAUUCCAGGCCAGGCAAGGCAAGACAAGGCAGGGAAAGGCAAUUCCAGGCAAGGCAAUUCCUGCUAAGGCAAGGCAAGGCAAGGCAAUUCCAGGCAAGGCAAUUCCAGUCAAGGCAAAGCAACGCAAUGCAAGGCAAGGAAAUUCUAGGCAAGACAAUUCCAGGCAAGGAAAGGCAAGCCAAGGCAACUUGAAACAAGGCAAUUCCAGUCAAGACAAGGCAAGAGAAGGCAAUUCAAGGCAAGGCUAUUCCAGGGAAGGCAAGGCAGGGCAAUUCCAGGCAAGGAGAAGCCAGGUAAUGCAAUGCAAUUCCAGGUAAGGCAAGGCAAGGCAAUUCCAGGCAUGGCAAUGCAAGUCAAAGCAAUUCCAGGCAAGGCAAAACAAGGCAAGACAAGGCAAGGCAAUUCCAGGCUAGGCAAUUGCAGGAAAGGCAAUUGCAGGCUAGGCAAGGCAAGACAAGGCAGGGAAAGGCAAUAUCAGACAAGGCAAUUCCAAGAAAAGCAAGGCAAUGCAGGGUAAGGCAAUUCCAGGCAAGGGAAGGCAAAUCUAUUCCAGGCAAGGCAAUUCUAGGCAAUGCAAGGCAAGGCAAGGCAAAGAAAUUUCAGCAAGGAAAUUCCAGGCAAGGCAAGGAAAGGCAAGGAGAGGCAAGGUCAUUCCAGGCAAGGCAAUUUCAGGCAAGGCAAUGCAAUGCAAUGCAAUGCAAUUCCAAGCUAGAAAAUACCAGGCAAGACAAGGCAAGAAAAUUCCAGACAAGGUAAUUUCAGUAAAGGCAAGGAAAGGCAAUUUCAGGCAAGGCAAUUCUAGGUAAAGCAAGACAAUGCAAUUCUAGGCCAGGGAAUUCCAGGCAAAACAAGGCAAGGCAAAGCAAUGCAAGACAAUUCCAGGCAAGGCAAUUGCCAGAAUGGCCUUCCAGGCCAGGCAAGGCAAGAAAAGGCAGGGAAAGGCAAUUCUAGGCAAGGCAAUUCCCACUAAGGCAGGUCAAGGCAAUUCCAGGCAACCUAAUUCCAGUCAAGGCAAGGCAAGGCAAUGCAAUGCAAGGCAAUUCUAGGCCAGGCAAUUCCAGGAGAAUUGCCUUGCCUUUCCUCGAAUUGCACUUUUUUGCCUUGUUUUGCCUUGCCUGGAAUUGCCUUUCCUUUCCUUGUCUGAAAUUACCUUGUCUGGAAUUGCCUUUCCUUUUCUUGCCUGGAAUUUUUUUGCUUGGAAUUGCCUUGCAUUGCAUUGCCUUGCCUUACCUGAAAUUGCCUUGCCUGGAAUGACCAUGCCUCUCCUUGCCUUUCCGUGCCUUUGCUGGAAUUUCCUUGCCUUGCCUUGCCCUGCAUUGCCUGGAAUUGCCUUGCCUGGAAUAGCCUUGCCUUUCCUUGCCUGGAAUUGCUUUACCCUGUGUUGCCUUGCCUUGCCUGGAAUUGCCUUGCCUGAUACUGCCUUGCCUGGCCUUGCCUGGCCUUGCCUGGAUUUGCGUUCCCUGAAAUUGCCUUGCCUUGCCUUACCUGGAAUUGUCUUGCCUGGAAUUCCCUUUCCCUGCCUUGUCUUGCCUUGCCUUGCCUUGCCUGGAAUUGCCUUGCUUGCCUUCCCUUGCAUUGCCUUGCCUGGAAUUGCCUUGCGUUGCCUUGCCUUGCCUUGCAUUGCCUGGAAUUUCCUAGCCUGAAAUUGCCUUGCCUUGCCUGGAAUCAUCUUUACUGGAAUUGCCCUGUCUUGCCUUGCCUGGAAUUGCCUUGCCUGGAAUUACAUUGUCUUGCCUGGUUUGACUGUAAUUUUCUUGCCUGUAAUUGCCUUGCCUUGCCUUGCCCUGCCUGGAAUUGCUAGGCCUUGCCUUGCCUUGCCUGGAAUUGCCUUGCCUUGCCUUGCAUGGAAUUGUGUUGAGUUGCCUUUCCUUGCCUUGCCUCGAAUUGCCUUGUUUUGCCUUCCCUUGCCUGGAAUUGCCUUGCCUGGAAUUGUCUUGUCUUGCCUUGCCUGGAAUUGCCUUGCCUAGAAUUGUGUUCCCUUGCCUUGCCUUGAAUUGCCUUCCCUGGAAUUGCCUUGCCUUGCCUGAAAUGGACUUGCCUGGAUUGGCCUUGCCUUGCCUUGCCUUGCCUUGCCUGGAAUUUUUUGCCUUGCCUUGCCUGGAAUUGUCUUGCCUUACCUGGAAUUGCCUUGCCUUGCCUAGAGUUACCUUCCCUGGAAUGAUCUUGCCUUGCCUUAGAUGGAAUUGCCUUGCCUCAAAUUUCCUUUCCCUGCCUUGUGUUGCCUUGCCUUGCCUGCAAUUGCUUUUCCUGCAAUUGCCUUGCCUGGGAUUGCAUUGCCUUGCCUGGCAUUGCCUUCUCUUGCCUUGCCUUGCCUUGUCUGGUAUUGCCUUGCCUGGAAUUGUUUUGUCUUGCCUUGCCUAUAAUUGCCUGGAGUGGAGGAGAAUGGCUCCAGUGUCAGACUCCCCAACAUGCUGCAUGCUCAGCAGGAUCUGCCCAUGGACAUCCAGGGAACACUCACCUUCCCCACCUUGGGAGAGGACACCAGAGAGAACUGCACUGGGUGUUGGUGUCAUCAGGACCCCACACACUUUCCUGAGUGUGAUCCUGCUUCCUUCCUCUGGGCAGCUGCAUCCUUUUCUCCUGCAGGAUUUUCUGGAAACUCGGCUCUGGGUUUCAUCUCCCUCUUUCCUCUCCUUGCCCCAACCUCCUUUUUCUGAAAAAGUGAGGGAAUUGUUUAUGGGUUAAUUUGUUGAAAAUAAGUGGCGGCCUCCAUGCUUCUGUUUUCUUUCAGCCGGCUGGUAAUGCCAGGUUAUAAAGCAUGCCUGGGCUCCCACACAGGUGCUUGCAGAGGAGGUGGCAGGUGGUGCUGUGCCUCUGCCUGCUCGAGGAAGGAGGCCAUCCCCCGCCCCUUGUCCCUUGGCCGGGCUUCUUCCUGACUUUCUGAAUAUCCUGUAGUCCAGAGACCUCAGAACCCACUCCUGAGAGAGCAGAGCCAGGCACUUAGAGAAAGACAACCAUUCUAGGAUCUUAUUAGGUAUCUGAAUCUGUAAGGAAAAAAAUUAGGAACUAUGUAUAAAACUUAAAAUAUUCAAGUAUUAAAAGGUUAUUUGAAUCAAAGUUUUAAAACAUGCCAUCAGCAAGCUUCUACCACUAAGUGGGGACUUUUACAGAAGUUGAGCAAGUUCCCUGAGUUGAGAGAAAAAUGAAGCCACCUGUGCUGGGGACACUUGAGGCAGGGAGAGUGUGGGCAGAGGGAAGCCAGAGAAGUCCCGGCCUGUGGAAGCCAAACAGGAGAGCGUGAGCCAGGAGGGCGGUCAAGAUUGGGGAUGAGGUUGCUCUCCCUGGAGGAGGAAUCCUAAAUCGCACAGCCUGGGACUCCCUCCCCUGGGGUCCAGUCCCCCAACAUUUCACGGGCCUCCUGGAGCUGCCUUCCAAUAAGGACAAACACAGCAAGAAAAGAUUCAUUUCUACACAAAAGUCCGUCUGGAAAGAAGAAAAAAGAAAGCCGUGAAUGGAGUCAAAAUGUUACCCAGUGCUGACUUAGCCUCUCAAUUCUUUUCUAAAUGGAGUGUGGUUUCCUAGUCAGGGAAUGGAAGAGGCCCCUCCCACACAGGGACAGGGCCAUAACCCCAGAGGAUGAAGCAGCAGCAUUUAUUCAAGAUACAACAGUGAGGGGAUCCCGUCACAUUCCUGUCUCCCCGGAGAGGGCACAUCUCAAGAAGUGAUCCAGGAGACAUGGAUGGCCUCCAGCUGCAGGAAGUACAGCAGCACCUGGACCUGCCAGAAAGAGUGGGAAAGAGGAGAGAGGCUCAGAGGGUGCUCACAGCUGGUGACCUUUAGCCCCGAAGUCCAACUCAGAGAUGGGGUUUGCUGCAUUGUCCAGACUGGUCUCAAACACCUGGGUUCAGUUAUCCUGCCGCGGUCUCUCAAAGUGCUGGGAUUACAGGCAUGAGCCUCCACAUUCAAACACUUGGGGCAGUUUUAAGCCCCCAGGAAGGUGCACCAGCAGGACCAAGAGGUGGUCUGGGCCUCCCCAACACUGUCAUCCAUGCAGACC